AUGGAGGCAUCUAAGAGUCUGGCUACACCGCGCUCCAUCUGUAGUGAGAGUUGCCUCCAUGGAUACCGGAAAGUCCUACUGGAAGGAAAACAGAAAUGCUGCUACUACUGUGCCCCCUGUGCAGAAGGCGAAAUCUCCAACCAGACUGAUAUGGAAACAUGCUUAGUGUGUCCUAACGAUCACUGGUCAAAUGGAAGAAGAGAUUCCUGCGUUCCAAGACCGAUUGAAUUCCUGUCUCAUGGAGACACACUGGGGUCAUCUCUAAUUAUUAUAAAUCUUACAUUUUGCCUUGUGACUAUAGUUGUGUUGGGGAUAUUUAUAAAAAAUAAAGAUUCUCCGAUUGUGAAAGCCAAUAACCAGAAUCUCAGUUUCAUACUUCUCCUCUCACUCAUCUUCUCAUUUUUAUGUCCUCUCUUAUUCAUUGGACGUCCCUCAGAUAUAUCAUGUCUCCUCCGACAAGUGGCGUUUGGAAUCAUUUUUAGCCUUGCAGUUUCUUCAGUCUUAGCUAAAACAGUGACUGUAGUCUUAGCUUUUCAAGCCAUUAAACCAGGCAGGACACUGAGGCAGUGGAUGAAGAGACACCUCUCCACAUCCGUAGUUGUUAUAGGUUCAUCUGGAGAAGUUUUGAUCUGUGUCCUCUGGUUGCUUUAUUCUCCACCAUUCCCAGAUUAUAACACUGGAAUAGAGGUUGGAAAGAUAAUCUUACAAUGUAUUGAGGGAUCUGCCAUUGCUUUCUACUUGUCCAUCGGCUACAUUGGAUUUCUGGCAAUGAUGAGCUUUAUUGUAGCUUUCUUGGCCAGAAGACUUCCAGACACCUUCAAUGAGGCUCAGUACAUCACCUUCAGCAUGCUGGUGUUCUGCAGUGUGUGGAUCUCCUUCAUCCCAGCCUAUCUGAGCACCAAGGGGAAGUACAUGGUGGCUGUGGAAGUUUUUGCCAUCUCUUCUUCCAGUGCUGGACUUCUGGGCUGUAUUUUCAUUCCCAAAUGUUACAUUAUUCUACUGAGACCAGAACUCAACACAAAGUCCAAUAUAAGGGUCAUAAGAAAACAUUGUACAGGAUAA